AUGGAGGGAGAUGGAAGAAGGGGAGGUAAAGAACGAGUGAAAGUGGCGUGGUCUACGGAGGAAGACGUGGUGUUGAGUAAUCUGGUGGAGAAGUUUGGAGCGAAGAACUGGAGCUUGCUGGCAAGGAGUGUUCCUGGUCGUACAGGAAAGUCUUGCCGUCUUCGGUGGUGUAAUCAGCUCCAUCCAUCUCUUAAACACAACCCUUUCACUGAGGUAGAGGAUCAGGCUAUCAUCAGGGCACAUGGCAUCCACGGAAACAAAUGGUCUGUAAUCGCUAAGUUCCUCCCAGGAAGAACAGAUAAUGCUAUCAAGAACCACUGGAACGCCACUCUAAGUCGUCGACGCAUGGGGGUCGAAACGCUCACUACAAAUCUCGCCACUGGAAACUUAGUCCCGGCAAAUUCUGGAUUCAAAAGAACGAAUACCUUCGCAGCAUCAUCAGAAGAAAUUUUCUCUUCAGGCGGUGGUGGCCAUGUAACUACUCCAUUUGUAACUUCAGACCGAAGAGAAGAAGCCACUUCCAUGGACAUGUCUGAAGAACAAUGCGAAGACAAAACAAACGAGGAAGGUAAUAAUGAUCCUCCAACUCUUUUCCGCCCGGUGGCCCGGCUCAGUUCAUUUAAUGCUUACAAUCACAUGGAAAGGUCUUCAUUUCCACAUAGACAAGACCAAAACAAGUUCCAAUCAUGUAAACAAGACACGGCAAUGCUAAGAUUGCUUGAAGGAGCUUACAACGAACUGUUUGUGCCUCGGAAAUGCGGAAGUGGGUGUUGCAGCGACAAUACUAAUGGCAUUUCUGAGAAAAACUCAUUGUUGGGUCCAGAGUUUGUGGACCAUUUAGACCCACCAACGUUCCCAAGUUAUGAACUAGCUGCUAUAGCAACGGAGAUAAGUAGCCUCGCUUGGUUGAGAAGCGGUUUAGAGAGUAGUAGCGUGAGGGCGAUGGAAGAAGCAGCUGGUCGAUUAAGACCUCAAGGCUCAAGAGGACAUCGAGAUCAUUGUUUUGGAAUACUCUAA